GCAUUCGUUAACAGAACCCAUUUUAUUGCUUUUCUUUCUGCUCUCCACGCCAUCGCUCUUCACUGCCAGACUCUCUCUCUCCCUCUCUCUCCCUCUCCUUCUCUCUCUUAUGGCUUUCACAGCUUCGUCUCCUUCUCCCUCUUCUCUUCUUCGCGCUUCGUUCUCUCCGCACGAGCCCAAAGCUCCAUGGACAUCUUCUGCGAGUCAAUCGGAUCAAUUCUCCUUCAUAUCGACAGCCGGGCCCUCUUGCCAGAUACCAUCGUUGCUAAAACCCAUUUCUGCAGAAACGCACAGGAGCAAAUCUGUUGUUCCACUUGCUGCAAAAGUGGCUGCUGCAGAGGUUGACAAGAACAAUGUAGCAGAAGAUUAUGAAAAACUGGCCAAAGAGAUGGAAAACGCUUCCCCUCUUGAAAUUAUGGAGAAGGCUCUUGUCAAAUUUGGAAACGAUAUUGCAAUUGCCUUCAGUGGAGCUGAGGACAUCGCCUUGAUUGAGUAUGCCAAAAUAACUGGUCGGCCCUUCAGGGUAUUUAGCCUGGAUACUGGGAGGCUAAAUCCAGAGACGUACCAGUUUUUUGAAACCGUUGAGAAGCACUAUGGCAUUCACAUUGAAUACAUGUUCCCUGAUGCUGUUGAAGUUCAAGGACUGGUGCGAGGCAAAGGAUUAUUCUCAUUCUAUGAAGAUGGCCACCAGGAGUGCUGCAGAGUAAGGAAGGUUAGGCCUUUAAGGCGGGCCCUUAAGGGUCUCCGUGCCUGGAUCACUGGGCAGAGAAAAGAUCAGUCUCCUGGCACAAGGGCUGAGAUUCCAGUUGUCCAGCUGGACCCAUCAUUUGAAGGAAUCGAUGGUGGAAUUGGCAGCUUGGUCAAAUGGAAUCCUGUUGCCAACGUAGAAGGCCCUGACAUAUGGAACUUCCUCCAAGUCAUGAACGUUCCUGUCAAUCCUUUGCACUCACAAGGUUACGUUUCAAUUGGAUGUGAGCCAUGCACAAGGCCAGUUCUACCAGGGCAGCAUGAAAGGGAAGGAAGAUGGUGGUGGGAGGAUGCUGAGGCGAAGGAGUGCGGCCUCCAUAAAGGAAACAUUAAAAAAGAAGAGGCGCUACACCUCAAUGGCAAUGGAAAUGAGAUUUCAGCAACAAAUGGGAGUGCAAAUGUCCCAGAUAUCUUUAACAGCAAGACCUUGGUUUCCUUGAGCAGGACUGGGAUAGAGAACCUGACUAGAUUGGAAAACCGAAGUGAACCUUGGCUUGUUGUGCUUUAUGCACCUUGGUGCCGAUUCUGCCAGGCAAUGGAAGGAUCAUAUAUUGAGUUAGCAGAGAAUCUAGCAGGGACAGGAGGGAAGGCGGGCAAGUUCAGGGCUGAUGGGGAACAUAAGACAUAUGCACAACAAGAGCUGCAGUUAGGGAGCUUUCCAACAAUAUUGUUUUACCCCAAGCACGCAUCAAAGCCCAUCAAGUAUCCAUCAGAGAAGAGGGAUGUUGCGACAUUAUUGGCUUUUGUGAAUGCCCUCCGCUGAGAACUAGAUGCAUCCUCAUCCGCAUCCUCACCUGAUACCCUAUUACCGGAAAGCACCAGUGCAAGGAACUGCUGGUGUUAAGUCUUAGGCAGAGUUAGGCAGAGUUAGGCAGUUAUCUUGAGGUUAUGGUGUUUUGAGUAAUAUAACCCUGUAAAGUAAAUAUGGUGUGAGAUCAAUCAUCACGUCGAUCUCUGCUGCACGUUUUGCUGAAUAAAAACGAUGGUUGUCUUCAUUAGAA